AUGUCACCAACAGCCGUCAACGCUUUUACGAUGAUGAUGAGCGGAGCGAAGCGAUCGACAGCAAUUUCGCCUGAUAAAAGCAAAGUUGAGGAGCCAGUCGAGAAGAAGAGGAAAAUUGAGAAAGUUGAAGAGAAAGAAGAUGAAAAAGUGGAUGACCAACAGACUGCUGUGGAUCAACCCACAGUGGAGGACAAGAUGAACUCGGAUGAAGAAGAAGUGGAUGACGAUUAUGAAGAUGAUGAUGAUGAUAUUCCCACGAUCCCUCUGGCAGAGGCUCUAAAGCAGCCUGGCAAGACUGAUGCGGAAAAGCUGGCCCAAAUCACUAAGGGCACUGGUAAGAGUCCUACGGCUAUCAGUGACAUUUCUUCUCCCGCCUUCGAUCCUUCCAAAUUCAGUCAAAUCAAACUUACCCCAGGCAAGAACCUUCCUUACUCAUUACUGGCUUUGGCCCUACAGAAGAUAGAGGACUUGAAGAACUCUGGACAAGGGUCCAAGAAGAAGGUUCUGGUUAUUCUUGCUAACCUAUUCCGUAUCAUAAUAUACUACAACCCCUCAGAGCUCAUCUACGCAGUAUAUCUACUUAUCAAUAAGCUCAGACCGGACUAUGAGAAUGUUGAAGUUGGUGUUGGUGAUCAUGUUAUUCUGAAAGCGAUGGCUCAAGUCUAUGGUCGUUCUGAGAAGCAUAUCACGGCCGAUAUCAGCAACGGCAAUGCCGCGGACCUCGGUGAGGCGGCACUGCUGUCUAGAGUGAAUCAGCCCAUGUUGUUCGCACCUCCUCCGUUGACACUGAGCAAGCUAUAUAAGGAGUUGCUGGUCAUGAGCCAGGCCAGAGGAAAGGACUCGCAGAGGCUGAGGAAGGAUAUAAUAACGAAGUGUUUGGUGGCAGCGAAAGGGGAGGAGGCGAAGUAUAUUGUGCGGACCUUGCAGGGUCGUCUUCGGGUGGGGAUACUAUCAGCAACAAUCCUUCAAGCAUUAGCAUACUCUUUCGUUCUUACUGAGCCGGCCCAGGGGAAUGCGGAUAAGGAAUGCGUCCCUGAUAUUCGCAAAGAAAAACCAUCACCGACUUCGGAGAAGAUAACACUGAAGAUGAUCGCGCUAGAGGCAGCCACUAAACAGGCCUUCUGUGAAGUACCGAGUUAUGAUAAACUCGUGGAAUGCCUUUUAUCAGGGGCGAAUCCAGAGGAGCUCUCCAAGGCCUGUACUGUCACUCCUGGGAUACCAGUCAAGCCGAUGCUCGCUAAACCCACAAAGUCGAUAACGGAAGUUCUUGACCGCUUCAAAGACAUCAAGUUUACGGCGGAAUAUAAAUACGAUGGUGAAAGAGCCCAGGUGCAUUUGUGGACGACAGAAAAGGGCAAGACAGAGAUAAGAGUUUACAGUAGGAAUAGUGAGGAUCUCACUGAGAAAUAUCCCGAUGUCAUUGAUGCUAUACAGGAGAUGAUGAAUACGCUUGACAAGCCCAUGGAAAGUAUGAUCAUCGAUUGCGAGGCGGUGGCGUUCGACAGAGAAAAGCACAAAGUCCUUCCCUUCCAACUCCUGUCAUCGAGACCGAGGAAGAACGUGGUGAUGUCUGAAAUUAAGGUUCAAGUGUGUCUGUUCCCAUUUGAUUUGAUUUACCUUGACGCCGAGUCGAUGAUAACUCAGAAUCUCGACACGAGGCGGAAGACCUUGAGAACUAGACUGAAGGAGAUCCCCGAUAGGAUACACUUUGCCACGGCUCGCGAUAUGGACUCGGAGGAGGAAAUACAAGCCUUCUUUACUGAGAGCGUUGAUGCUUCUUGUGAAGGGUUGAUGUUGAAGACGCUGGUCGAGAACGCAACCUACGAGCCGUCCAGAAGGUCCCUAAAUUGGCUCAAGUUGAAGAAGGACUACCUCAGUGGUAUGGCGGACUCCCUGGAUCUUGUGCCUAUUGGGGCAUUCUAUGGGAAGGGAAAGCGCACGGGCGUGUACGGCACCUAUCUUCUGGCCGUCUACGAUGCCAAUGAUGGAGAGUAUCAGAGUUGCUGCAAAGUGGCUACUGGGUUCACCGAUGAAUUUUUGGACAAACAUUAUGAUUAUCAUAAGGACAACGUGAUACCAAGAAGAAGAGCUGACUAUGUUGUGAGUGAAAAGAUGACGCCCGAUAUAUGGCUCGACGGAACACAGGUUUGGGAAAUCCAAUGUGCCGAUUUGAGUAUUAGCCCAGUCCACACAGGAGCCUCGAAUCUGAUAGACGGCGCGGGAGGGAAGGGUGUUGGUCUACGUUUCCCGAGGUUCAUAAGGAUAAGGGAUGAUAAGAAUCCCGAAGAUGCCACCACGAGUGAACAGCUCCUCCAGAUGUACGAGCAACAGUUUGGCAAAGGUGGUAGCGAAUAAAAGUUAAUUACAUAACUG